AUGCAUACGUGUGAAGCAGAGAAUGUUCGUAAAUGCGUCGUAAGUAAUGGUCUAAGUGGGAAUAUUCGUGAAUGUGUCAUAAGUAAUGAUCUAAGUCAGAAUGUUCGUAAAUCCAUCGUAAGUAAUAGUCUAAAUAAGAAUGUUCGUGAAUCGUCACUAGCUUUGCGAUGUUUCCGAUUCGCAGUAAGGAUAACCUUUCUGAUUGUUGCAAUACUGAUCGCACUACUUCCAAGAAGCGUCCUGGAUCGAAGUCAUUUACAUCUUCUGGCAUCGGAAGAUCCUUUGUCUCAGGUGCUGUCAGUAGAACUAUUGCUGCUGCCAGAGAAACUAUCGAUACUGUCACUUUUGGCGCUUCUGGACUGA